UAACAUCCGCUUUCAAACCUGCCUUCCCUCUUCCAUAUUGAUCAGUCAAGUCAGCCUCGACACCAACGAACAAACAAACCCAACAACAUGGCAUCACGUUCAUCCAAACCAACCAGCGCCACCACUCCACGCACUUCAAAUACCACCAGCAAAUCCCCGAUCCAAAAACGCUCCCCUACAAAAUCCACAUCCCGCCGCACAGCAGCAGCAGCAGCAGCAGCUCUUCAACAAGUCCAACAACCCUCGCUUACGGGCUCCGUAUCACCAACACCAACACAGGAGAUCCUACCACAGCUGCUCUCCCAACCGCAAGAACAACUGCAGCAACUACCGACCACCGUGACACAGACGCACACUACGGCGCAGACCACGUUCCCUGCUGGGCAGAGUAGCCAUGAGAUGAGUAUACCGAUGACUAUGCCGAGUGCUUUGGAUACGCCCACGCCUGUAACCGCUCCAGCGAUUCCACGACCAGGCUCAGGAGGGAAUAGCUCUGGUUAGUACCUAGAUACAUAGACAGGACCCCUCCCGUCCCUCCACUAUCUCACUAUACACCCCCCCUCCACCAACCCCAAGUAAACUCACGCUCACACCUAUUCCACCCCAGGUAACCUCCGCCUCCGUCUCGAUCUCAACCUCGAUGUCGAGAUCCAGUUGAAAGCUAGUAUCCGGGGCGACUUGACGCUGGCGCUGUU